AUGGCGAUGAAGAUGGAGAUUUGGAUGGAGCGUGAGGUAAUGAUGAACAGGGAUCCACUUCUUGUGGCCAAAGGAGGGAUCCACACUGGGAAGACAAGGAGAGAUGAUAUUAGUACUCGGGGAAGCAAGAGUUUCUUGAGGAUAGCUAUUCAACAAAAAAUCGAGAGCUAUGACGACCUUUUCUGGAUCGGACUGACAGACUCCGCAGUAGAGGGCAGAUGGUUGUGGGUGGACGGCUCACCGCUGAAUGAAAGUUUGACAUUUUGGUACUUUCAUGAUGAGCCAAAUGAUUUGACUGAAGAAGAUCCUGAUGGACAGGACUGUGCGAAGAUGGGGCCAAUGUAUUGGUUUGCUGCUUCCUGCAAAGUAACUCAUAGAAGUAUUUGUGAGAAACCAGCUGUGGCUCUGUGCAUCUAAAUUAAAUUCAGGAAGUAGAGGUGAGAGU